GGGGGCGCCGAGGAAGCGGCAGCGCGGGGCAGCGCUUCGCCCCGCACACGGGCUCUGCGGCUUUCGGGUUUGAACGUUGUGAGUGAGGGCAAGGCUUAGGAACUCCGUUCCCUAGAUUUUUAAAUACGUAAAAUUUACGCUGGGGCGCAGUAACGCCUCAUAUUCCGGGCGUGACACACAGCAGAUGAGAAAGUGCGAGUCCCCCGGAAUCGAAUCCGAGGCGGGUCGCAGCCGCUCGUAGUCGCGCGCUGGGUGCUCGAAGCAGGCCGUUUGUAUCAAAUAUUUGCCUCUGUCGCAUUUAGACCCGUGAACUUUUGGACACCAACCGAUCGAUUUUGUAUUGAAAUGUUGCUGAAGCACCGCUGAAAGGGCCAGAGAUGCAAGGAUCUGGGAUACAUUUUGAACCUUUAAGCUGUCUGACAUUGACCUCCUUUCAUUAUUAAUAAAGAAGAAGCAGGAGCUUAGGAUGUAUUAACACCAGUUCAUUAAUGUACUAACCGGACAGUGUUCUGCAACCAAUUCUACAUUGUAAAGAACUGGAUUGGCACAAAAUAAGAUACUGUGAUAUUUCACUCAGCUUAUAAUAUGCCUCGAUGGAGGAAAACUUAAUAAGCAUGAGGGAAGACCAUUCUUUUCAUGUUCGUUACAGAAUGGAAGCUUCUUGCCUAGAGCUGGCCUUGGAAGGGGAACGACUGUGUAAAUCAGGAGACUGCCGUGCUGGUGUGUCAUUUUUUGAAGCAGCAGUUCAAGUUGGAACUGAAGAUCUAAAAACACUUAGCGCUAUUUACAGCCAGCUGGGCAAUGCUUAUUUCUAUUUACAUGAUUAUGCCAAAGCGUUAGAAUACCACCAUCACGAUUUAACUCUUGCAAGGACUAUUGGAGACCAGCUGGGAGAAGCCAAAGCUAGCGGCAAUCUGGGAAACACCUUAAAAGUUCUUGGGAAUUUUGACGAAGCCGUAGUUUGUUGUCAGCGACACCUAGAUAUUUCCAGACAGCUUAAUGACAAGGUGGGAGAAGCAAGAGCACUUUACAAUCUUGGAAAUGUGUAUCACGCCAAAGGGAAAAGUUUUGGCUGCCCUGGUACCCAGGAUGUUGAAGAAUUUCCAGAAGAAGUGAGAAAUGCUCUGCAGGCCGCCGUGGAUUUUUAUGAGGAAAAUCUGUCAUUAGUAACUGCUUUGGGAGACCGAGCAGCCCAAGGACGCGCCUUUGGAAAUCUUGGCAACACACAUUACCUUCUGGGCAAUUUCAGGGACGCAGUUAUAGCUCAUGAGCAGCGGCUCCUUAUUGCAAAAGAAUUUGGAGAUAAGGCGGCUGAAAGAAGAGCGUAUAGCAACCUUGGCAAUGCGUAUAUAUUUCUGGGUGAAUUUGAGACUGCUUCUGAAUACUACAAGAAGACACUUCUGUUGGCUCGACAGCUUAAAGACAGAGCUGUAGAAGCUCAGUCUUGUUACAGUCUUGGAAACACGUACACUUUACUUCAAGACUAUGAGAAGGCCAUUGAUUAUCACCUGAAGCACUUAGCAAUUGCACAAGAGUUAAAAGAUAGAAUUGGCGAAGGAAGAGCAUGUUGGAGCUUAGGAAAUGCAUACACAGCUCUAGGAAAUCAUGAUCAAGCAAUGCAUUUUGCUGAAAAGCACUUGGAAAUUUCAAGAGAGGUUGGGGAUAAAAGUGGUGAACUAACAGCACGACUGAACCUCUCAGAUCUUCAAAUGGUUCUUGGUUUGAGCUACAGCACAAAUAAUUCCAUAAUGGCUGAAAAUAUUGAAAUUGAUAACAGUUUACAUGGUACACGCCCCAAGCUGGGACGCCGACACAGCAUGGAAAAUAUGGAACUUAUGAAGUUAACACCAGAAAAGGUACAAAACUGGGACAGUGAAAUUCUUGCAAAACAAAAGCCUCUCGUUGCCAAACCUUCUGCAAAGCUACUCUUCGUCAACAGACUAAAAGGGAAAAAGUACAAAACCAAUUCCUUCACUAAAGUUCUCCAGGAUGCCAGUAAUUCCAUGGACCAUCGUGUUCCGAAUUCUCAGAGGAAAAUCGGUGCAGAAACCAUGGGCGAUGAAGGGUUCUUCGACCUGUUAAGCCGAUUUCAAAGCAAUAGGAUGGACGAUCAGCGGUGCUGCCUACAAGAGAAGCACUGCCGCCCGGCCGCCGCGGCAGCCGCCUCCACUCCCCCAGGCGCUGCGCGGAAAGCGCCAUCUGUCCCCGUGCUGUCCCCCAGCACUGACGAGUUCUUCGACCUCGUUGCCAGCUCACAGGGCCGCCGUCUGGAUGACCAGAGGGCCAGCUUCAGUAAUUUGCCAGGGCUUCGUCUGACAAAAAACAACAGACAUUCGGUACUUGACCACCUAAUGACUGAGGACAGCAGAGAGCCUGAUGAGGACUUCUUUGACAUCCUUGUGAAGUGUCAAGGGUCCAGAUUAGAUGACCAAAGAUGCGCUCCUCCACCUGCUACCACGAAGGGCCCGACGGUACCAGACGAAGACUUCUUUAGCCUAAUAUUACGGUCUCAGGCUAAAAGAAUGGAUGAACAGAGAGUUCUUCUACAACGAGAUCAAAACAGAGACACUGAAUUUGGGCUGAAGGACCUUUUGCAAAAGCACUGCAGGGAAAUGCAAUCUACUUUCGCCUCAAAUGGAGAACGUAAGCACUGCAGUACAGCUUACAGUGACGUCAGGGUGACAUAGGUGUCUCGGCCGCCGCAGAACAGCGCGUGGUGGCUGUCUGUGCAGCGCUCUGCCGCACCCGCUUGUUGCAGGGCGCAGGUGCCCCGAAGGUGCCUCAUCCACUUCCCGUGACUACUACCUGGGACUGCGUUCUUUUGCGGCUUUACUAGUUUUUAUAAAGCAGGGAUUUAAAUGAAUCCUAGACUAGAAUUUAGACCUCUUGCUGAGGUAAUUCUUAAAACUUACUAAUUUGACAAUGAAUGGCAUUUUUAAUACCUAACUUUGAGUUUAGUGGGAAAUAACACUCUUCAGUAAAAAUAUUGUACUUGACUGAUGUAAAAAUGUUACAGUCUUAUUAAAAAAAAAAAAGCUAGAUUUUUUGUUCUGUAAGGAAAAUCUAUUUUCAAUAUAUUUUUAGCCAAGGCCAGUAUAAAAGAAACCAUUAAGAAAUAAACUUCUUUUAGCAUGUU